UCUCCGACCUCACACCGACACCCAACUCCCCAACUCCCCCCUCCCGCCGCUCACCCACGCAGGGUUACGACGCUCCCGAGGUGAUAAGAGAGAGAGGAGGAGGAUUCCCCGGGGACUUCGUCCACGCGACGCCAUGCUGACGACUCGAUCUCCCGUACUCUUCAUCUUCGCCGUGUUCCUGUCCCUGGGGAUCUGCUACGUCUACUACAAGUUUCCGACUCUCCAAUGCGGGGCCCCACUCGGAACCGCGAACGGCCUGGACUCAAACCGAGCGAUGUCCAGCAUGCCGCGUGACAUCUUACAGCACCACCAGGAGGUGAGGAGGCGAGGUGAGGCGACGACGGUCGAUGGUGAGCAGCAGAUCGCUGGACCGAAGGCGAAAGUCAAACUGAGCCCUCAGUGCCGGCAAACCUUGACGAGCAUCGCCAGUGACCCUCUGCCACAGACGUUCAACGAGCAGUCGGUGGUGGAGAAGAUUCUGAAGGUUCGCGAUUGUCCCUGGCUCGAGAACCGCACUGAGAUCGACGCCUUCCGGUCGAUUCACGCGAACGCAACGGGAGGAGCGAGCCAGGUAGUGAUCACGCGAAGAAACUCGCCCAUCAACACGAGCAUCGUCUUCGACCAGAAGAAGAAGACGCUCGUGGUGGAUGCCAAAGUCACGAAUCUCUUCCUCAAGCUGAUGAUGGUGAUGUGGCAACAGGAGUUCCCCGAGCAGAGUGGGCGCUACCUUCGCUGCGCCGUCGUGGGGAAUGGAGGGAUCCUCGCCAAUAGCUCCUGCGGCUCCCAGAUCGACGCGGCUGACUUUGUGAUCCGAUGCAAUAUCCCUCCCGUGGGGGGCGACUUCCAGGACGACGUGGGAAGCAAAACGGACAUCGUCACCUCCAACCCGAGCAUCUUAAUUAAUCGAUUCGAGUCCCUGAUCGGGAGAAGGAAGGAAUUCAUCAGGAAGAUGUCUUCUUACGGCUCCAGCAUCCUGCUCAUCCCCGCCUUCACCGUGUCUGCAUUCACGUCGCUCGCGUACAGGGCCAUAUUUACCCUGGACGACUUUGAGUCCCAGCAGCGCGUGGCCUUCUUCAACCCCUCCUACAAGAGGGCCAUCUCCCGCUUCUGGAUGGAACGCGGCGUCAAUGAGUCGCACCUCACCUCGGGCCUCAUUAUGACAAGCGUGGCCAUGGAUCUGUGCAACGAGGUGCACGUCUUUGGCUUCUGGCCGUUCGUGUACGACCUGCCCACCCCGGUGCAGGUGAAGGAGGACGAGAGAAGGAGGAUCCCGAAGAGGAGCAGGAAGAGUAAGAAGGGGGUGCAGGCCGCCAUGACCCCCACGGCCGCCCCUGUUGACCGACCGCUGGGCCGCCGGUUGCCCCACCACUACUACGACGACCAGCAGCCCAAGUCGGGGCACUACAUGCCCAGCGAGUUCGCGGAGCUGCUGAGGCUGCACAGCCGCGGGGUGCUCCGCCUGCACGUGAACGCGUGCGGGGAGCAGUGAUAGCGCGGCGGUGGUGGCAGCGGUGGUGGCAGCACCCGGGGGGAGGGGGGGGAUGGUUGUUACCCACGUUCCCACCAGAACACACUUUCCCAGCAGAACCCACGUUCCCCCCAAGAACCCACGUUGCCACUAGAACGGACGUUCCCACCAGAACCCACGUUCUCACCAGAACCCAGGUUCCCACUCCACAACCCACGUUCUCACCAGAACCCACGUUCCCCCACGGUACCCACGUUCUCCCUCCAGAACCCACGUUCCCACUAGAAUCCACGUUCCCCCUGCAUAACCCACAUUCCCACCAGACCCCACGUUCCCCCCCGGUAACGCACGUUCUCCCUCCAGAACCCACGUUCCCACUAGAAUCCACGUUCCCCCUCCAUAACCCACAUUCCUACCAGAACCCAGGUUCUCCCCAAGACCUCACAUUCCCACCAGAACCCACGUUCCACCCUAGAACGCACGUUCCCCCUCCAGAACCCACGUUCUUCCUCCAGAACCCACGUUCCCCCUCCAGAACCCACGUUCCUCCUCCAGAACCCACGUUGCCCCUCCGGAACCCACGUUCUCCCUCCGGAACCCACGUUCCCCCUCCAAAACCCACGUUCCUCCUCCAGAACCCACGUUCCCACCAGAACCCACCUUCCCCCAUCAAACCCCACAUUCCUCCCUAGAACCCACGUUCCUCCUCCAGAACCCACGUUCCCCCUCCAGAACCCACGUUCCCACCAGAACCCGCGUUCCCACCAGAACCCGCGUUCCCACCAGAACCCACGUUCCCCCUCCAGAACCCACAUUCCCCCUCCAGAACCCACGUUCCCCCUCCAGAACCCACGUUCCCCCUCCAGAACCCACGUUCCCCCUCCAGAACACACGUUCCCCCUCCAGAAACCACGUUCCCCCUCCAGAACCCACAUUCCCACCAGAACCCGCGUUUCCCCCGUUACCCAUGUCCCCCCUCUGGAACCCGCGUUCCUGCCAGGGGGGGGGGGGGGGGGGCCUCCGAUUUCUCUCUCCGAGGCCUUUAAAGACGUUUACGAGGCCUAAGGACUUCGAAAGGGACUCAUUGUGCGAGGGUUUAGCUCUGAAUUGUGGCUUCCUUCAGACCUGGGGCUGAAGGGAAAUCAGAGUUUAAAAUUUGUAGUUUGCAUUUACAUGGCGUAGCAAUGCGCACCUACUUCUUGUUACCAGCCAGCCAGCCAGCUGCCUAGCGAACUCGCCGUAGGAGUUUUGCCAGGCCUAAGAUAUAAAUCGCCAGGUCGAAGAAUUCUCCAUGACACUGAGAUUCGUUUCGGCCUGACAGUUUUUACUCGGGGUGAAAUUUCACAAGACCCUGACAUUACCAGAAUCAGAAAAUGUAUUUUUACCAGAGGAGGAAUCCGAUGAGCUAUGAAGCUCACAGAUGUUUGCUGGUCAAUAAAACCAGUCGAGGCUCAGGGAGUGGGUGGGCAUUUGGCUGGGAAGUAGGCAACCAGUGUUCGUGAGUUUAACCUAAUUGUUUUACGAUGUUUUAAAGCACAGUCCAUUCUCCCUAUACCGCGAUAUAGGGUGGAUGCGAAUGGGAUAUAUUACGAAAUCGAGCGAACGGAACUACGGUCGCGUGAGUGGGGAUACGCGGUCGUAUGGUUGCCUCGGUUUAGCGUCACACAAUAAAGGUAUUGGGAUGUGCUGGAUGCUUCUAGAUACUACCUAGAGUCACAACAAGGCAUUGGGAUGUUGCUGGAUGCUUCUAGAUGCUAUCCACCGUGCAUCCUCAAUCUUCGUUGGGCCCUGCGUAUGCAUCUCACGCACGUUAUGGCGGACCAUACUUUACCCCCUGCAUUAUAUGUUAUUUACUACAACGCCAUGUUUACAUAAUGCGUCAUUCUUCCAGAACGCGACUACUGCCUCCCACCGUGUUGUCGGGCAGCAGGGCCGUCAUAUAAAUGACGUUCGGUAUUUAUUUAGGUGUUUGAACAUCUUAACACAACUCCUAUUUUAUUUCCAGAAAGGGUCAACAUCUUUUAUUAUUUUCCAUACUUUGAUACUGGCACAAAAGGUAUCCCAUGAGAAAGCUGAUCACCCCGAACUAUUCAUACUAUAAUACACGUGCAUUGUCUUCGUGCUGUUCGCUUUUUGGCGUUCUCUGGUCUGACACUGGUGGUGAGAUUACACAAGAGACAGCAGAAGGCUGCUGUCUCUGGUGUAGGCCAAUAAGUUUAAAAGACAACGCCAAUAUGUUAUCAGAGCACGUUUGUUUGCAUGUUCACCACAAGUACAGUGUGUGGCUAAUGCAGACUUGAUUCCGUGCGAUAAGUAUCUAUUUGUUUCAAACACCAAAUGGAUACCUCCUGUUUUAUUGCCAGAAAGGGUAAAACCUAUUCAGAUUUUGCGUACGCAAUAUAAGAAAGGGGCUGCACGUGAGACAAGUGGGAAAUCGGCGGCAGCGAGAGAGAGAGGAGGUGGGGCGGAGAUGAGAAAGG